AUGCCCAAGAAGCUUCAAAAAUCUCUCCAAGAUUACCUCAACAAGAUCAAAAAACCCUCCCCACCCCUCCAAUUCACCAUUAAUAAUUCCUUCUCAUCUUCCAAAAAUUGGAUCCUCUCCAGUUGCAAGCACCCCACCAAGACUCUCUCCUUCGCCAUAGGCCGUAACCAAGACAAGCAGCUGGUCGAAAAGAAGCUGGACAACAACGACAACAAGGCAGCAAGGUUGUCCGAUGUCGACCGCUUCCUCUUCGAGAAUUUCAAGUCUCUGUGCACAAAAGACGAUGAAGAUCAAAAUUACGAUGAAAAGAAGGCCGAUAAAGAAAGUCAUGAUCAUGAAGGCGAAAACCCUAGUGGGGUUUUGUUUGGAUCGCCUCGUUUCAUGGACCCGCCACCGGAUCUUUGUGGGUCACACCGGUUCUUCAUCAACCCCGGCUUGUCGAGCUCGCUCAUGGAGGAAUCCCGAACUAGCAUGACCGCCACGUCCGAGGACGCAGGCUCGACUUCCACGUCAACUACAACAGUAAACGAUUCCUCGACGACAAGUGCUAGUGACCAUGCAAAGGAUAUCAAGCUUCCCGACGAUUCCAUUGCUGUCCUAGCGUAUUCUUCGAGUCCGUACGAGGAUUUCCAACGGUCGAUGCAAGAGAUGGUCGAAGCCUUUGUCCACAACAACGGAAUGGUUGAUUGGAAUUUCAUGGAGGAGCUUUUGUUUUGUUACCUAAACCUAAACGAGAAGAAAUCUUACAGGUACAUACUCAGUGCUUUCGUUGAUUUGAUCGUCAAUUUGCGUCAGAAUUCGAACGGCUUUUCGGUGAGAUCACGGAAUAUUGCUCGUAGUACUGUUCGAUUUGCUGAAAGAUCAGAGAGGAUGAGGAGGAAAACAAUUAGCGAGUCCAAGUAACGUAAGAAUUCGGUCAUAGAUUUCAUAAAAGAACACGAUGAUCGAAGACUGCUACGGAAAAAUGUUGGUUUAAUUAUUUUGGUGAUCUAUUAUCCUAAGCGGCCUCACAUGCAAUCUGCAUGUAUUAUGUGCAAUAAGUACUUUUCAA